CUGCACAGAGUGAUCCACGUCUGAUUUCUGAUAUAUUAGUUGUUCAUAAUGGCUGUGUUAAUACUCUGCUCAACAAGUUUUUGUUGUGGAAAUCUCGGUUAUGGUUGUGUUUACGCUGAUCGCAGAGCAUCAUCUGCUUUUGGCGGUAAAAAUGGGUUCUUGGGAGGUAGAAAUGUUGGGAAUUUCUGGGUUUUGCGAUGUGGGUAUAUGGUAUCCUGGAAGAAACACAGAAAAAAACAAUUGGGUUUCUGUGUUAUGAAUUCACCAGGAGAAAUGGUGGUGGAGAAGGGGAAACCCGGAAAGAGCUUACUCUCAGAGGAAGUGCUUAGGGUUCUAAAGUCAAUUUCAGAUCCAAAUUCUGCUUUUUCCUACUUUAAAUCAGUUGCCGAGUUGCCUAAUGUUGUUCACACUGCUGUGACAUGUAAUUACAUGCUUGAAGUCUUGCGGGCCCAUAGGAUGGUAGGGGAUAUGGUUGUUGUGUUUGAGUUCAUGCAAAAGAAAAUCAUCAUCAGGGAUUUGAAUACUUAUUUGAGCAUUUUUAAAGUACUUGACAUUAGAGGGGGACUUCGACAGGCACCAAUUGCACUUGAGAAGAUGAGGGAGGCUGGGUUUGUUCUAAAUGCAUUUUCGUAUAAUGGACUGAUUCAUUUGGUACUUCAAUCCGGGUGUUUGAGGGAGGCUUUAGCAGUAUAUAGAAGAAUGGUCUCUGAAGGUCUUAAGCCUAGUCUUAAGACUUACUCUGCUCUAAUGGUAGCAUUGGGGAAGAGAAGGGAUGUUGAAACAGUAAUCAGUUUGUUAGAAGAGUUGGAGACUUUGGGAUUGAGGCCCAAUGUUUACACAUUUACUAUAUGCAUUAGAGUGCUUGGAAGGGCUGGGAAAAUUGACGAGGCAUGUGGAAUUUUGAAGAGAAUGUAUGAACAAGGAUGUGGGCCAGAUGUUAUCUCUUACACUGUUCUGAUUGAUGCUCUUUGUAAUGCUGGAAGGAUUAACCAAGCCAAGGAGAUAUUCUUAAAAAUGAAAGCAAGCAGCCACAAACCUGACAGAGUAACCUACAUUACUUUGUUGAACAAAUUUAAUGACUGUGGAGACUUGGAUACACUGAAAGAGUUUUGGGACCAAAUGGUAUCUGAUGGUUACCCUCCUGAUGUGGUUACUUUCACAAUACUUAUUGAUGCUUUCUGCAAAGUUGGAAAUGUGGAUGAAGCAUUUGAGAAGUUGAAUGUCAUGAGAAAGCAAGGCAUCUCACCCAAUCUUCACACUUACAAUGCACUGAUUUGUGGACUAUUGAGGGUAAACAGGGUGGAUGAGGCAUUAAAGCUUUUCAGUAAUUUGGAAUCUCUAGGCAUUAAGCCUACAACUUAUACAUACAUCCUUUUCAUUGACUACUAUGGAAAGUCUGGUCAAACUGGCAAAGCACUUGAGACAUUUGAGAAAAUGAAAUCUAGAGGCCUUGUUCCUAAUAUUGUUGCCUGCAAUGCAUCUUUGUAUGGCCUCGCUGAAAUGGGAAGGCUUGAUGAAGCAAAAGCUAUUUUUAAUGGUCUUAAAGAUAGUGGGCUUGCUCCUGAUUCAGUCACCUAUAACGUGAUGAUGAGGUGCUAUAGCAAAGUUGGGCAAGUAGAUGAAGCCAUUAAGUUAUUGUCUGAGAUGUUGGAAAAUCAUUGUGAACCUGAUGUAAUCAACAUCAAUUCUCUCAUUGAUAUGCUUUUCAAGGCUGGCCGAGUAGAUGAGGCAUUGGGAAUGUAUUACAGAAUGAAGGACAUGAAGCUUGCUCCUUCAGUAGUGACUUAUAACACAUUAAUAUCAGGAUUAGGAAAGCAGGGUCGGGUCCAAGAGGUCAUUGAGUUGUUUGAGAGCAUGACUAGAUAUGGGUGCCCUCCAAACACUAUAACUUUUAACACCCUGCUGGAUUGCCUAUGCAAGAAUAAUGAGGUUGAUUUGGCACUGAAAUUGCUUUUUAGAAUGACGAAGAUGAAUUGCAGACCUGAUGUUUUGACUUACAACACUAUUAUUUAUGGCUUUAUUAAAGAAAACAGAGUUGGGAUUGCAAUUUGGCUCUUCUUUCAAAUGAAGAAAUUGCUCUAUCCCGAUUAUGUGACUUUGUGCACUCUGCUUCCUGGUGUUGUUAAAGAUGGGCUGGUUAUUGAUGCUUUCAAGAUUGCACAGGAUUUUGUGUAUCAGGUUGGAAUUUACAUAGACAGAUCAUUUUGGGAAGAUCUAAUGGGAGGGAUUCUGAGUGAAGCUGGAACUGAUAAUGCUAUUUUAUUUGCUGAAACACUGGUACGUAAUAAGAUCUGUCAGGAUGACUCAAUUUUGCUACCUAUAAUUAGAACUUUGUGCAGGCAGAAGAAAGCCCUUCUUGCACUAGAUUUAUUUACAAAGUUUACUAGAAGUCUGGGGGUUCUUCCAACAGUAAAAGUGUAUAAUUUGUUGAUUGAUGGAUUGAUUGGAGUCCAUGGGACAGAAAUGGCUUGGCAUCUUUUUGAGGAGAUGAAGAACAUUGGUUGUUCUCCAGACAUUUCUACCUUUAACUUUUUGCUUGAUGCUCAUGGAAAGGCUGGGAAGAUUGACAAACUCUUUGAAGUGUAUGAAGAGAUGGUUUGUCGGGGAUGCAAGCCUAAUGCUAUAACUCACAAUAUAGUCAUCUCUGGUCUCAUAAACUCAAACAACGUGGAAAAGGCUAUGGAUGUGUACUAUGAUCUUGUAAGUGGUGAUUUCUCUCCCACCCCAUGUACAUAUGGACCUCUUAUAGAUGGACUUUGUAAAUUAGGGAGACUUGACGAGGCACAGCAAUUAUUUGAAGAGAUGGCUGAUUAUGGCUGCAAGCCUAAUUGUGCUAUUUAUAAUAUUCUUAUAAAUGGGUAUGGGAAAACUGGUGAUGUGGAGAGUGCUUGUGAGUUGUUCAAAAAGAUGGUAAAUGAGGGAAUAAGACCAGACUUAAAGUCCUAUACCAUUCUUGUAGACUGUCUCUGCUUGGCAGGAAGGGUGGAUGAUGCGAUGCACUACUUUGAGGAACUAAAGCUAACUGGUCUCGAUCCUGACUUGGUGUCUUAUAACCUUAUGAUCAAUGGGUUUGGAAGAUCAAGAAGGGUGGAAGAUGCUCUUUCUCUUUUUGAUGAAAUGCAGAGUAGGGGUAUAAGUCCUGAUCUUUACACUUACAAUUCACUAAUACUCAAUCUUGGGACUGCUGGAAUGGUGGAACAAGCUGGAAAGAUCUAUGAAGAAUUACAACUUAAAGGGCUUGAACCUAAUGUCUUCACGUACAAUGCACUUAUACGAGGAUACAGUGUGUCUGGAAACCCUGACCAUGCCUAUGCAGUCUACCAGCAAAUGAUGGCUGGAGGGUGCAGCCCAAAUGUGGGAACAUUUGCACAGCUUCCUAAUCAGUCUGUACAUACUUGAAAUGAUUACAGGUGGGCAUGCAAGCGAGGUCAGCUGUACAUAGACAAGAUAAUCGACUGCGCUCGAUGCUUACAUUCAAAUUGCAAAUAGGGGCGUUAAGUUUUCAGCCGUCCAAUAGUUGUUCAUAUGACUGAACAUUAUAGCAUUGGACACCAUGUGUCUAAGUUGUUCUAAUGAAUGCAAUGAUUUGCAAUCCCUUCUUCUAUCUGUAAUUGGCCCACAUCAUCAUUUAAUGUACCAAAAGAAAAUAUGUAUACCUUGUGUCAUGUUGAAGAUACCAUUCUCUCCAUGAUCUACGAAAUCAUGUCUGUAUAUGAAGAUACCAUUCUCUCCAUGAUCUGCAAAAUCAUGUCUGUAAUCGAAAAUCAAGUGCUUGUGCCUCG